AUGGAAUAUUUUAAUAUACAGAAAAGUAAUGUAUUCGAGAAAUCAUGGACUUUUAGAAUAAUAUGUGUUAAAAAAUCUUCAUAUUUUUUUGGAAUUCAAAACAAAGAAUCUAAAAAAAAUUGCUCAAAUAAUUUGUUAUCUAAGCUUCUGAAAUAUAUAUAUAAAUCAUAUGGUGAAUUGCCUUCAAGAUAUCAAUACAGUAAACGUUUUCUGAGAAAAUUAGCAGAAAAAAAAAUAAAUAAAUCAUUUAAUUCUAGCAAGAAGCGAGCAGAGGAAAAUUUAGAUAAACUAUGGGAAAAUUUUAUGGAAAAAUGUAGAUUAAAUAUGUUUAUUGCGAAUUCAAAUUUUCUUAUACAGUGGAUUUCAUUUUGUUCACAGAAUAAUGUAAACGAUGAACUGAAAAAUUACUUUUGGGGUAAAUGGAUUGAAGAAAAUACGAAUAGAAAUACGGAUAAGUAUAAUCAAGAUGAUUGUGAUUACAAAAAAUUUAAAAAAAUAAAAUGCUUCUCCACUCGGUUUAACAGUUUCCUUAGGGAGAAACAUAAAUCAUUCAAAGAAUUUUAUACUGAAACAUUGGAGUUAUGGAAUAAAUAUAUUGAAGAAUCUAAAGAAGCUUUGAAAAACACUGAAACUCUUAAUAUUGAAAAGGAAAAAAAAAUGGAAUAA